ACCAUGGCGGAAUCGCAAAAUUUCACUGAAAUGACUCAAAAGUUUGACAUUACAUCAACAUCGGUAGAUAGAAGUAUUUUGCUCUCUAUCAAUAGUGAAAAUGUCCAAAUGGUCGGAGGCGUGAGUCUCAAUAUCAAUGGAGCAAGACUACGAGAUGUCUACCGCAGUAGUAAAGUUGUAAUGAAAGUAAUCGACGAUGCUAUUUUGAGAGGUUUUGGUGGCACCAGGCAUGAUCAAGAGGUUCAGAAUGUCGACCCAGAGUAUAUUCUUGUAAUCAUGCACUGCUCUACAGAUGAAAGAUUUAUUGACGUGUUGUCGAAUUAUGACUCAGGAAGAAUGAUAAAUCGAAUGCAAGAAGAAUUUGCAAAGAUUGGCCUUGACGUAAGAGAAUUGGAAAUUAAGAUCGAAAACUUGAAAGAAGUGAACACACAGAAAACCAGGAUUUUGAGAUCAAGUGCUAUGAACAAUCCUUGUGAUGGGAUGAAAGAUCUUGCCAUAGCUGAUGAGAAGACGUGUAAUAAUGGUAACGAGACCAAAACGAAAAUCGUAACCAACAACUGGCAUUCAGUACUGGCAUCAAAACAAAAAGAUCUUGAAAUUACACAGAAGCUUUACGGUGAAAAUCAUCUCAAAACAGCACAAAGUUACUACGAUAUUGGAGUGGCAAAAGGAAAGUGUCAGGAUUACAUGUCAGCAUUAGAAUUUCAUCAACGUGCUUUACAAAUCAGAUUGAAGCUGAAUGGAGAUGACACUGGAGAUAGUUAUCAUGAAGUUGGUGUGGCACAACACAUGUUGAAAGAGUAUAAAUCUGCAUUAACAUCAUACAUGCAUGCCCUUGAAAUAAAACUGAAACUGCAUGGAGAGAAUCAUUCAUCUACUGCCUCAACCUAUAAUAGAAUUGGAGUCACACAAUACAAAAUGAAAAACUACAAAUCAUCAUUAGAAUCGUUUCAACGUGCCCUUGAAAUCAGAUUAAGAGUGUUUGGCGAGAAUAAUUUAUCUACUGCAACGACUUAUUCCAACAUUGGCGUCACACAACAUGAAAUGAAAGAUUACAAGUCAGCAUUAGAAUCGCAUCAACGUGCUUUACAAAUCAGAUUAAAGCUGAAUGGAGAACACCAUAGUGACACUGGAAAUAGUUAUAACUGGGUUGGUCUUGAACAACAUUUCUUGAAAGAUUACAAAUCAGCUUUAGCAUCAUAUCAACAUGCCCUUCAGAUCAGAUUAAAACUGUUUGGAGAGAAUAAUUUAUCGACUGCAGUGGCUUAUUACAAUAUUGGAGUCACACAACACAAAUUGAAAAAUUACAAGUCCGCAUUAGAAUCACAUCAACGUGCUUUACAAAUCAGAUUGAAGCUGAACGGAGAACAUCGAAGUGACAUUGGAAAUAGUUAUAACUGGGUUGGUCUUGAACAAGAUUGUUUGGAAGAUUACAAAUCAGCUUUAGCAUCUUACCAGCAAGCCCUACAGAUCAGAUUAAAACUGUUUGGAGAGAAUGAUUUAUCUACUGCAAUGUCUUAUUUCAAUAUUGGAGUCACACAACACAAAAUGAAAGAUUACAAGUCAGCAUUAGAAUCGCAUCAACGUGCUUUACAAAUCAGAUUAAAGCUGAAUGGAGAACAGCAUAGUGACAUUGCUGAUAGUUAUAAUGAAGUUGGUCUUGAACAAGAAUGCUUGAAAGAUUACAAAUCAGCUUUAGCAUCUUACCAGCAAGCCCUACAGAUCAGAUUAAAACUGUUUGGAGAGAAUGAUUUAUCUACUGCAAUGUCUUAUUUCAAUAUUGGAGUCACACAACACAAAAUAAAAGAUUACAGGUCCGCAUUAGAGUCACAUCAACGUGCUUUACAAAUCAGAUUGAAGCUGAACGGAGAACACAAUAGUGACAUUGGAAACAGUUAUCGUGAAGUUGGCGUUGAACAACAUUGCUUGAAAGAUUACAAAUCAGCAUUAGCAUCAUAUCAACACGCCCUCCAGAUAAGAUUACAACUGUUUGGAGAGAAUAAUUUAUCCACUGCAAUGACUUAUUUCAAUAUUGGCGUCACACAACAUGAAAUGAAAGAUUGCAAGUCAGCAUUAGAGUCACAUCAACGUGCUUUACAAAUCAGAUUGAAGCUGAACGGAGAACACAAUAGUGACAUUGGAAACAGUUAUCGUGAGGUUGGCGUUGAACAACAUUGCUUGAAAGAUUACAAAUCAGCAUUAGCAUCAUAUCAACACGCCCUCCAGAUAAGAUUACAACUGUUUGGAGAGAAUAAUUUAUCCACUGCAACGACUUAUUUCAAUAUUGGCGUCACACAACAUGAAAUGAAAGAUUGCAAGUCAGCAUUAGAAUCGCAUAAACGUGCUUUACAAAUCAGAUUAAAGCUGAUUGGAGAACAUCAUAGUGACACUGGAAAUAGUUAUAACUGGGUUGGUCUUGAACAAGAGUGCUUGAAAGAUUACAAAUCAGCUUUAGCAUCAUAUCAACACGCCCUCCAGAUAAGAUUAAAACUGUUUGGAGAGAAUAAUUUAUCCACUGCAACGACUUAUUUUAACAUUGGCGUCACACAACAUGAAAUGAAAGAUUACAAGUCAGCAUUAGAAUCGCAUCAACGUGCUUUACAAAUCAGAUUAAAGUUGAAUGGAAAACACCAUAGUGACACUGGAAAUAGUUAUAACUGGGUUGGUCUUGAACAACAUUUCUUGAAAGAUUACAAAUCAGCUUUAGCAUCAUAUCAACAUGCCCUUCAGAUCAGAUUAAGACUGUUUGGAGAAAAUAAUUUAUCCACUGCAGAGGCUUAUAACAAUAUUGGAGUCACACAACAUGAAAUGAAAGAUUACAAGUCAGCAUUAGAGUCACAUCAACGUGCUUUACGAAUCAGAUUGAAGCUGAACGGAAAACACCAUAGUGACAAUGGAAAAAGUUAUCGUGAAAUUGGCCUUGAACAACGCAAUUUAAAAGAUUACAAAUCAGCAUUAGAAUCAUAUCAACAUGCCCUCGAGAUCAAUUUAAAACUUUUUGGAGGGUAUCAUCCCCAAACUGCGGAACUUUAUCGCCAAAUUGGAGUCACACAACACAGCAAGCACACAAUGGAAGGUUACAAGGCAGCCUUAGAAUCAUAUGAGAAAACUCUUCGUAUCAGAUUACAAAUAUUUGGUGAGCGUCAUGUUGAUACUACUCAAAGUUAUCAGGAUAUUGGACUCGUACAAGACGCAAUGAAAAAUUGCAAAUGA